AUGAAAUAUCAUUAUAAUUUUAUUCUAUUAUUAUUCAUAAUUUCAUUUAAUAGUAUAUUUUUAUGCAAUUCUUUAGCAAUAAUAGAAGAUCCCAAUAAUAAUAAAAAUAAUAAUACUCAUUUAUUCAUUUUAAGUAUUCCAGAUUGCUAUGUUGAAGGUGUAGUUUUGGAAUUAGGAAAAUGUUUUAAUUUUGAAACAUAUGGUUGUAACCCCAGUUCCAUAGUUAUCAAGGCCAAUAAAAAUAAUUUAUUAAAAAAUGAUAAUAGCACAAAUUUAAUUUCAACUAACAAAAAUGAAUUUUAUGGUAUUAUAUUUUAUAAUAUAAAUUGUAGUGGUAAUGAAAACGAAGUAAUAGAAUUUGAAUGUAAAAAAUCAAAGAAAAUCAAAUUAAUGGGUAAUGUUAAACUUCAAUGUUUAACAUCAGAUAAUGAUUUAGAACCAGUUAAAUUGGAAUCAAAGUAUAAUGAAUACUUUUCUUCAUCAUCAAUAGAAAAAGUUAAAAUAUACGAAGAGUUAAAACCUUUGAUCAUAUCAGACAAAGAUGACGAACUAUUAUUAUCAUAUAAUAAUUUCUCCAAUGGUCUAUUCAACAAUAUUAAUUUUAUAUUAAAAUUAACAUUUGUAAUAAUAAUUAUAAUCACAUUACUCUAA